CUUUCAGUUUUUCCCAGCAGGACUCUCUGACCAGGAGAAACAGCUUUCACCGGUUUCUCUCAGACACACAUGAACAUCAUCAUCAGCAGCAGCAGCAGCAGUAGGAGUAGCAACCAAAGACUUCAGCACAUCAUUCGCCUUGAGACUGCAAUGACCUCACUCAGACUUUUGCCCCUGUUCCACUCCCUCCUCGUCCUACAUGUUUAUCUUUCCAACCAGUUAGAUGACAACAAGAUCCCUCCCAGUCUGUGUACUGGUCAUCCCGGUAUUCCGGGCUCUCCCGGAGUUCAUGGCAGUCCCGGUCAGCCAGGGAGAGACGGGAGGGAUGGGAGGGAUGCUGCUCCCGGGGAAAAGGGGGAGAAGGGGGAGAGAGGGGCCCCAGGUGAGACAGGAGUACGAGGUCUGACUGGAGAUAGAGGUGACCAUGGAGUAAAAGGGGAAAGAGGGCAGCCAGGAGAGUGUGCAGUGGCUCCUAAAUCAGCCUUCAGUGUCAAACUGUCUCAGGGCCACACAUUACCCCUAACUGUGGGCGACGCAGUCCACUUCGACACCAUCAUAAUCAAUGAACAGGGUGACUACAACUCAGAGACAGGACGCUUCACCUGCAAAGUCCCCGGAGUGUACUACUUUGCCAUCCAUGCCACAGUGUACCGUGCCAGCCUGCAGUUCGACCUGAUGAAGAACGGACACGCGGUGGCAUCUUAUUUUCAGUUUUACGGCAACUGGCCCAAACCGGCAUCUCUGUCAGGCGGCUCCCUGCUUCACCUCAUCCCCGGUGAUCAGGUGUGGGUGCAGAUGGCUCUCUCAGAGUACAAUGGAUUUUACUCCAGCACCAAGACAGACAGCACCUUCACUGGGUUCCUGGUGUACUCAGACUGGAAAAACUCUGCUGUGUUUGCAUGACAUGUGCCUCUUUUAGUUCCUCAUCGAGACAUUCUGGACAGACAAGUGAAUCGUCCGCGAGGCGAUACAGCUGUAUUUGUGUAAUAAAUAAAAAACACACCAGACAAUGUAACCUGAAUAGCACAUGGUGCGCUGCAGUGCAUACACUGAACAGUAUGGUUAACUCUGUGUCUGUUCUUCACUUGCGGCCUUUAAUCUGCUGACAGUUAAUUCUUGUAACAAAUGUUGUGACAGUGGCCUCCGGCUAGCAUCAGGCCACAAAUUCAAACAGCUUUUAUGCUACUGUUGCAAUUUGAUUUAGUGUCUACUCCGCUAACAUGCGACAUUAAUAAAUUUUUAUACUUUUUAAAACA